ACAUGUGUCAAAUUGACAGAUUGAUUGACAUGAAUUUCAAUUUUGAUUUAUAUUUUUUUAAUAACAUUAUUCUGAAUAACUAAAUAAAUACUUCUCUAGCAGUUUAAUUGGAUAAACCGUAGCUCGCUAUCCAACUGUUUAUUCCACGACAUUCCAUUCCCAGUUCUUGAAAGAUUCAAGGUCAAGAACGAAAAUAUGGAAGGAUUGAGUCCUCUUGAUCCUAGUUCGUUCUCUAGGCCCGAUCUUGCUCUCGUCACCAAUAUCGAACUGAACCUUAGCGUUAGCUUCGAAAAAAAAAUUUUCACUGGUUUUGUAAUACUCAAAGUAGAGAAAAUUGAUGGAAGUGCAAAUGAAGUUAUUUUAGAUACUAAAGAUUUGAAUAUACAUAAAAUAAUUGAGGUCGACCUAGACAAGGAGGUGAAAUAUAUUCUUGGUGAACAGGUGGGAGAAUUUGGUCAAAAAUUGACCCUUGAGUUACCGAAUAAAAAUGGCAGCGAUUAUGUACUCAAGAUUGAGUAUGAAACUAGUCCUGAUGCUAGUGGCCUGCAAUGGCUUUCACCUGAUCAAACAUCUGGAAAGAAACAUCCAUAUUUGUUCAGUCAGUUUCAGGCUGUUCAUGCUAGAUCAUUCUUACCUUGUCAGGAUACACCAGGUGUUAAAACGAAGUACAGUGCUACAAUAUCUGCACCCCCUCAACUAACAGUGCUUAUGUCUGCAAUAAGAGAUCAUGUUAGAGAACUUCAUGAUGGCAAACUUUUCCAUUUUGUUCAAGAUGUGCCGAUUCCUUCUUAUUUGAUUGCAAUUGCUAUAGGAGCCUUGGAGUCUAGAAAAAUUGGACCCCGUUCACAUGUAUGGGCAGAGAAAGAGAUAAUUGAAGAAAGUGCUUUUGAAUUUGCCAAUACUGAGCAUCAGUUGCAAACUGCGGAAGCAAUUUGUGGACCUUACGUUUGGGGAAUUUAUGAUUUGCUAGUUUUGCCCCCCAGUUUUCCAUAUGGUGGUAUGGAAAAUCCGUGUUUGACUUUCGUCACCCCAACUCUGCUGGCGGGCGACAGAUCUUUGGUGAAUGUGGUAGCCCAUGAAAUCGCCCACAGUUGGACCGGAAAUUUAGUGACCAACAAAAACUUCGAACAUUUCUGGCUGAACGAGGGAUUCACUGUUUUCAUUGAGCGGAAGAUAGUGGGCAGACUGCUGACUCCCCAGGAUCAGGACUUCCAAGCUCUUGAAGGGCUUGCCGAACUGAAGGAUUGUGUGAAUCGCCUAGGAAAAGACAACCCAUUGACUCGCUUAGUUGUGGAUUUGAAAGGCUUACACCCUGAUGAUGCAUUCUCUACCGUUCCCUAUGAGAAGGGUCAAACAUUUUUGAGAUACUUAGAAGAAGCAGUUGGAGGACCCAGUGUCUUCGAACCCUUCCUAAGGAAAUAUUUCGACGCCUACAAAUUCAAAUCGGUCGACACGACCGACUUCAAGACCUUCUUCAUCAAGGAAUUCUGCCCCUGCGGCAAGGAGAACAAAGUGAAGCAGAUCGAUUGGGACCUGUGGCUGUACGGUGCCGGUAUGCCGCCCCACAUACCCGAUUACGACAGAACGGUGGGCGAGGUGUCGGUCCGGCUCUGCUCCCGCCUGUCCGCCUGGAACGAGACGGCGGAACCGCCGCCCCUGACCGCCGAAGACGCGAAAUCGAUGUCCGCCAGCCAGACGAUCUAUUUCCUCCAGUUGGUGCUGGACGAACCGUCCGUUUGGAGCAUCAUCAAGUUGAAGGAGUUGGAGAGGUUGUUCUCGCUUGGGAAAUGCAAGAAUUCGGAGAUCAAACUGCGCUGGUUGAGGAUCUGCAUGAAGGCCAGAUGGGAGGAGAAGAUCCCCGUGGUUUUGCAGUGGUUGAACGAGGUGGGAAGGAUGAAGUACGUGAGGCCGUUAUACAGGGAUUUGUAUAAGUGGGAGGCGGCGAGGAGUAAAGCCAUUGAUAAUUUUAAAGCGAAUAGGAGGUAUAUGAUGCACGUUUCCGCGUAUACCGUUGGGAAGGAUCUGCAUUUGAACGAAUAAAGUUCUAUCAGUUGUUUA